GCAGCCUUUCCAGAUCUGCGCUCUGCUCUCAGCCCCCCUCUGCAGCCGUACCAUGAAGAGAAUGACCCAGGGCCUGCUCCUCACACUGGCAGGCCUGCCUGCCUUGGAAGCCAAUGACUUGGUUGAUAAAGAUAGUCCCUUCUACUAUGGUGGAAAAUGCAAAUGCAAAUACAAUCAGAAGCACAGCCCCUUACUUGAGAAAGCCACUCCACUCAUCACUCCAGGCUCUGCCAGUACCUGCUGAGCACAGGCACUCCUGGUACCAUUUCCCAUGCUGUUCCCUCCCUACUUGGCGGCCUUAGCCUCCAUAAUGGCCUUUCACCUCCAAGAAAGGCUCCCUUCUGAUCAGGAGGCUGUCCAAAGCUUAUUUCUC